UGUCGUCUCUUGACCAUCUCUAAGGAUAUCGAAGGCGUUUUGGCGUUUAUCUGCAGUCUAUUACGCUGUCAAUUCUCUGCCCAUUCAACUCCAUGGCUUGAUUAGGGUACUAGAGAACAUUUCGCGAAUGCGACACGACCAUACUCCUUCCGCAUUCCACUGACGAUCUCGAUCAGUCAGGUGCGGACACAUGCUGUACCACGCGUUCCAACGCACACAGCCGCCUCGUUAGUGGGACUGGUACCCAGCCUGGGUGAGGUCCAGGCCUCCUCGGGGCGACGAGAGAUCGGCAGACUGCUGUGCAUGCUCUAACUCGGAGGGGGUACGGCGAAUUCUCCAACAAAGGGAUAAAAGGCUGGCUUCUGGGAAUGGGCGAGUGAAAGCCCUGUGACGGUGACCGGCCAGCGGUAACUAUGAGCCAUCGCUUCUGGUGGCUCUGCUCGUGACACUACUCUGGAAUCGUGAACUCGUCUACGUUGAUUUCAAUCUUCAUCGAUAUCUCCAACUACCAAGGACUUUCAAAAGUCGAUGUAGCUUCUGACGGCUCGAAUCAAGGCCGGAACGCUUCAAGUUGGCUAUGGCCACGUCCAAUUCGGAUUGUGCCAGCUCCAGCCCACUCGUGGUCCGGUGAUGAUAGCCCUCUACUCGGAUCUAUCUGACCUCAUACAAGAGGACAUCCAACCCCCUACUUUGAAUCUCAAUCUCAUGUCGCUGUCUACGACUCAGUGCCUCGCUCUUCUCGUCAUCACAUCGUCCAUAAUCCUCUGGAGUUGGACGAGGAAGAUGCGUCCCUCUCUUCCGCCUGGUCCGCCCUGUCUCCCGCUUAUCGGGAACUUGCUCGAUAUACCGGCAAAGGAGCCGUGGCUGGCCUUCUCUGCCAUGGGGGACAAGUACGGCGAAAUCACCUCCCUGGCAAUGCCGGGCCGCACAACCAUCCUGCUGCACACACUGGAGGCGGCUACGUCUGUGCUCGUCCAGUCUUCUGCUCUAACAUCCGAACGCCCCGUCCUUGCCAUGGCCGGAGGGCUCUGUGGAUUCGAGACGAGUCUGCCGCUUGCCCAGCCCUCUGGCGAUCUCGAUCAAGUCAGGCGCGAGCGCAAGCUGUAUCAUGCGUUCCAAGGCACGCCUGCUGCCAUAUCAAGGCUGAUCCCCGGGCUGGUGGAGGAGGUCGGUGCCUUCCUCAGAGCGGUGGAUGGCCGGCAGGGGGUCCUCUCGGACGAUAUUCGCAGAACCACUAUGGCUAUAGGUCUACGUCUGGGAUUUGGGCACAAGGUGGACCACAGUCGUCCAACGGACCUCUCUGACACUCUAUUCGACAUGGCAGAGCAGAGCUCAAAUGACUUCUUUCGCAUUACCACACCAGGUGCCUCGUUUGUCGAUCUGUUCCCUUUCCUUCGUUACUGGCCAUCCUGGCUGCCUGGCGGUGGUUUUCAUCAUGCUGCAAAGCGGAUCAAUGCAGUAUUACAGCAGACAAGAUACGAAGGUCCAGCUGCUGUCAGAGAGCGCAUGGCAAGCGGUGUUUCUGAGCCCUGGUUUGCUACGGCUGUGCUCGAAACUGAUGCAGAUGAGUACUGGGCUAGAGUGGUCCCUUUGACGCUCGUUCACGGGGCGAGUGACACGACGGCUUCCCAACUUUCAGCAUUUUUCCUUGCGAUGGCUCUCCACCCUGACAUCCAACGCAAUGCUCAGCAGGAAAUCGAUCGCGUCAUUGGCAGGGACAGGCUCCCGACCGUCGAGGACAGACCCGAAUUGCCGCAUGUGGACGCACUGUCCCGUGAAGUGCUGCGCUGGAAAAUGAAUCGUGAUCCUCGCCGAUACAGGAAUCCGGAGCAAUUCGAUCCGUCUCAUUUUCUCGGCACUGAGGGCAAAGCGGCGGCGGAAGAUCCGGGCAAGACGGUCUUUGGAUUCGGACGACGCGCCUGCCCCAGUGAAACGACGCUCUUCCUGCUCUACAGCGCUCUCCUGUCGGUCUUUGACAUCAGCAAGGCACUCGACGAACGGGGCGAGGAAAUCGAUAUUGCCGUCGGAUGGUCCAGUAUGACAGUGACGCAUCCGCUUCCUUUUCAAUGCGCCGUCCGUACGAGAGAUGAGGCUGCACGCAAACUGAUCCGUGGGCUGUGAUCUUGACGAAUGUGGACGCUGAAAGUCGUCGGACUAUGUCGUAGCGGUCAGUGCCAGGUAUAUUGUCCAUGGUAAAGUGAUACAUACCUGCGAGCGCGUGAUCUAUGUGUCUACGUUAUCGGAUCCAAGUCAUUCCCUCAAACAGGUCUAGCGUGCGAUAUACGAUGCAUUGGAUGUCCUGAGACCUCUCAGUGCAGUCGCUUUGUAGCUAAAUUCCUCGAAGUCGGUGACCUUUCAUGCAAGGAUGCUGUUUAAUAUUUUGGAAUCGGUCCGUAUGCCCCCGGGCAACUGCUUGAUACGACUUGAAACACGAGAAACGUGUUUGAGGGACCAGAGGCUUUGCGAUUUCGGCAUUUACUUGGUCCGGGAUAUCUGAUUGAAGGUGCUGGAGUUGGUGAUUGCCUCGGAGACAGUUUGCUUGCGUGGUUGUAUGAGAUGCAGAGCGAGCAUUGAGAAUCAUCCGUCUUUUUGGGAGAGCCCUGUCGCGACACAACCUGAAUGGGCUUGGAUAAG